AUGACGGUGUCGAAGCGGCUCUCAGAGAAGAAGGUGGCAAAAUUCGAGAAGAACAUAACGAGAAGAGGCACCGGCGCCAGCGGUUCGUCUAAAAAUGGAUUCGAGCCAGCUCACAUUGUUCUCAUUCUCUUUGCAGUCUUGGUGGUCGCCUCUUUCAUAUUCCAAGUUGUGAGGAUGGCGAUUAGUGAUGGAGUUGGCGAAGAAAAUGAAGUUGGGUCGUAG